AUGUUUGUGGGUCAUGGGCCUUUUGCGGCAAGCAUCGAUUUAUGGCCAGAGAUCCAGCGGCCAAGGGGCCAGGGUGCUGGAGAUGGGGGUAAGCCGGCUGUGCGGACCAUCCGCGUUGAAGCUGAUGCCAUCCACGAUGCCCUGGUGGAGGUGCUCCGAGGCCAGCUUGCCGAGAUCAUGAGUGUAUACAACUAUGACUUGGAAUCCAACUACACGUUGAUUCGCGAGUGGUUGGAAUGGGGAAAGGUAGAAGCUGCUCGAUUCCGGACGAUGCUGACCCACCUGAAGAACACUCUGAAGAAAGCAGACUCCUCCAGGAGCCCCAAGGUGGAUGUGCUCAAGCAGAUUUUCCGCAGGAAGAUAGAGGCCGAGCUCGAGCUCCAGGGUGACGUGCAGGCCCCCGAAGAUCACGAGGUCGACGAGGAGGCGGGCCACCCGGACCUGCAGCAGGCGGACGAGUUGGCGGCGAUGCUCUCGCCGGCUAAGCUUGUGGUUAGAGGGGCCCAGGCUGUGAAUCUCCCUGUGGAUGCCCCCGCGCCUGGGCGAGAGCUCGCCGAGCCGGCCGAUGGUGAUCCUGCAGCUGCUGUGCAGAUUACAACGUUUGCUUGCAAAGCUGCAGCGAUCGUGGAAAACGACCGCAUCGGGAAGCGAAAGCGAGGAGGGGGCAGGGGCGGUCGUGGCCGAGGACGUGGCAAGAUCGCAGCCGUCGCCGCCGAGCCCCAGGUGCCUGAGCCAGAGCUCGAGGAGCCCAAGAAGAUUCGCAAGAGCCGGUCCAGCAAGCUGUUGAAGGGUUCAGGUGCAGGCAGCAGUAAGGAUCAUGAGAAGCCCGGGCCCCCCAUGGCCAAUAAGAAGCAGUCGCCCCGGAAGCAGAAGAAAGUGGAUGAGGGUCUGGAGACGGUCCGGGCUGCAGGGCUUCCCGGCCUGGACGUGCCACUCCGGCUUGAGAGGCAGUCGGCCCACUGCCCGUACAUCGGUGCCUUCGACAUCGACUUCUUCGCAUCGGCCUUCGAAAGGAUACAUGUCAUCGACUACAUCGUCAAGUACAGCGAGAUGACUAAUGGGCACCGUACCCGAGACUUGGAGUGUCUGGAGAUCUUCAGUGGCUUCGGCUGUGCCGUGGCCAAGGCCUUCAGGGACGAGAAAAUGGCUUCGCAGCAGUACGACAAGAAGAAGGAUGGCGAGCUCGAGAACAUGGCCUGUGGGCAGGAGCCUACACUGGCAUCGGCAACGUGUGUCUUGGCCGGUGCAUGGUGGGAGGCCGACAAGUUGCCUUGGAUCCGGGGGCUGGAAGUGAAGAAGACGGGCCUGAAGGAGAAAGCCGCCUCCUUUGUUGUAGCUGAUCACAUUAAGGACCUCCACGAGCCAUGGUCGGAAGCCAACCUCCUGGAGCUGAGGCGGUUUCUCGAAGAUGCUGUGUUCAAGGGGGAGUACUAUUGUGUUGCUGGGGUCUUGGAAUUUGAGACCCUGCCCUCAGCUGAAGUGUUUAACAACUUCUGCGACCACUACGGUCUCGUCAGGACGGGUGGCAAAGACAAGAGUCAGGUGCUGCAGUUUCAGUCGGCAGCAUAA